AUGGUUCGGAUUUGUGUUAUGUUAUUUGUUGUUAUCUAAGUUUUAUCAAAAAAGCAGAAAGAUUUCUUAUUUGAUUUAAAAUAAGGUAAAUCAAUAUAAGUGGAAUUACCUGAAAAGUAGGAUAAGGAUUAUAUAAUUCUAUAUGUUCGACCAUAAUAGGAAGAGAAGAAAAGUGAAUUGGGUGAGAUCUAAUUAAAAAGUAAAGAUGAAGAGUUUAAGUUGAAUGAAUUUUAUGAGACUGCAUUAUUUACGAUCAAAUCUGAUGAGAUAAAUUUAAAAUGCAUUAGUAUUCCAUGUAAAGGUAGAAUUACAAUAAUUAAUAAUGAUGCAAUAGAAUUGAAUAAUAAGAGUACAGAACUCAUUCUAUCAUAAAAGAUACCUGUUUAAGUGAUUUCUAUGCAUUUAUCAGGUUCUUAUAAUAGGAUGGUGGGAGAAUUUAAAUUGGAAGAUGAUGAAUCAGAUAAAAUUAAGAUAGAGGUAUAUGAAGAGAAAGCAAAAUUAUAUGGAGAUGAAGUUUAGUUGACAGUAGCUAUAAAUAGAAAAGAUUGUGAUAAAUGUAAAUUAUUGGCUGUUUUGAGUGGAGAUUUAAAUAUUAAAGAGGAAGCAACAGUUAAUGGAUAAUUAUAUUUAUAUAAAGAUGAAGAAGAUAUUGAAAUAAAUUAAGAAAUAUAGGAUUAUUUAUUUGAAAGAGAUGAAAAUAUUUAUAAAUUGAAAUUACCUCAAAAAUUUAACAUUUUAUAAAUAGGAAUUUUAGGAGAUAUGUUACCAUUAUUGAAAGUUCAUAAGAAGGAUAAUAUAUAUUUUAGUUCAUAAGAACCAAUAUAAUUAUAAUAGAGAGGAUAAGCAUUUCAUAUUAUUUUGAGAAGAGAAGAUAUUGAAGGGGAUGAAGUGACAAUUAAUUUAAGUUAAGGUGGUUCUAUGAAAUAUUUGAUGGUUGUAAAAUUGAUUGAUGAAGCCAUCUUAUAUAAUAAUUAAUUGAUAUUCUCUAAAAUAUAAGAUAAAGGAAAACAUAAUUAUUUAUUUAAAACUAUUGAAAGUGAAUAAGAAGUAGGAAUUAAAUUAGUAUAUUUUGAAAAAUGUGAUAAUUCUAUUAGAAUAGCAGAAUGUUAAAAUGGUUGUUAAUUAAGUGAUGAAGAUAAUCAUAAUUUGAGAUUUCAUAAAAAUGAAUAAAAACCUGCAGUUUAUAUUACACCACAUUGUUAAAAUAAAGAUAAAGAAGGAUUCUGUAUAUUUUAAUUAGAAGUAUAAAGUAAUAAUAAGAAUAUUUAUAUGAUGACUACAUAAAAUGAUAAUAAUUAACGUAUUCUUAAAUCUGAUGUUGUUUAUACUAAUUAUAUGGAAUAAUCAUAAGAAGAACAUUUAAUACUUAAAUAUUAAAAAUCAGAUGAUGAUUAAGAAUUGGUAUUUACAGUUAAUACUCAUAAUAUUGUAUAUAUGAUUAGUCGAGAUAGUAGUUGUUAUCCUGUUAGAAUUGAAUGUGCAAAAUAUUUUGGUGGAGUAGAUCAUUUAGUUGUUCUUAGAGGAGAUCAAUUAAAACAUACUCAAUAUUAUAUUACUUUGACAGCAAGAGAAGCUACAAUCUUUUAAUUUAUGGCUAAAGUUACUAAAUAAGCAGAUAUUAAUAUUUAAGUAUUAAAAGAAGAUGAAACUUAUAGAGGAGUAUUAUAAUUAACAGAUGGUUAAUCAAAAAUUCAUUAUUUUAGAGUCAUUAUUAAUUUUAAUUAAGUGGAUUAAAAUGUUGAAGUAAUUGAUGAAUAAUAACCAACAAUUGAAUUUGCUAUUCAUUCUUCAAGAAUGUAAGUAGCUUUAACUUUAAAUCAAGGUAAUCAAUUACCAUCUCUUAAAUCGUAUGAUUUAAUUACUUUUAAUAAUUAUUUAUCAAUACAACCAUAAGAUUAAUUUUAUUAGAAUUCUGGUAAUUAUACUAUUGGUAUUCAGAAUAUGUUUGAAACAUUUUUAGAUAAAGAAAUUAUGUAUACUUUCACUUAUUCAACAAGUAGAACUGUUAAAACACUUCAUGUAGGUUAAUAAUUUGUAGAUCUAGUUAAAGGAUUUAAAUCUAAAUAUUUCAGUUUCUAUUAUAGUUAAAAUACUACUUUAUUUUAUAUUAGUUUAUAAAGUAAAAACAAUAAUAAAUUAACAUUAACUGUCUAAAAUGAUAUUAAACCUGAUAAUCAUUCUUAAUUUACAAAAAGUUAAGAUUCAAGUACACUUAAAUUAUCAUAAUCUGCAUUAAAUAGUUUGUGUUUAAAUGGUCUUACAUAAGAAGACAAAGAUGAUGAUAUAGAUGUAAUGGCUAUUUGUUAAGCCUAUAUUAUUAUUGAAAAUCAUGGUAAUGAAGAUAUAUUAUUUAAUAUCAAUAUUUGGAAUCCAUAAAUUGCUUUAGAACUUAAAGAUGGAUAAGAAUAUACUUUUAAUUUAGAAUAUCUACUUUAAGAAACUUUUUUAUAUUAUAAAGUAAUCUCAACAUAAACUGAUGUUUAAUUACAUAUUAAUUCACAUUAUGGAUACACUAAAUAUUAAAUUUAAAUUCUGAAUUCUCAAAAUUAAGAAUCCAAUUCUCUUUAUGCUAAAGAAGAAUACAAAACUUAACAUUCCAAAAGUAUACAUUCUGAUGCAUUUGAAUUUUGUAAACCUGAUUGUGUAUUGAAAAUAUUAUUAGAAGCAUAAGAAUUAAAAUACUAAAGUGAUAGAAUAAUUAAUUUUGAUGAUACUGUGUAUGUCACUGUUACAUAAUAAUAUAUGGAUCUCAAAAGUGGAUUACCUAUUUAAAUAUCAGUAAAUAAGUUAUAGCCAAGGAAAUUCAUAUUUUCAGAAAUCAAUGAUAUAUCUCCUUAAUCAAGAUUCAAAUUAAUCUUACAUGAAAUUUAUGGAAAAGGAUCAAUUUGUCUAUUCUUUAAUGAUGAAGAUAAUAUUAAUAUAAAUAAAUGUGAAUAUGAGGUAUUAGGUAAUGUUUUAGAAUUGACAUAAGCACAAAUACAAGAAAAAUUGACUGAAUUAAAUCUUACUAGAAAUCCUUAUAUAAUAAUAUAAAUAUAUUCUAUAGUUGAUAAUAGUAAGUUUUAAUUAUCAUUGGAAAUAUCUAAUGAUAGGAAUAAUCAUAAAUUAAUGAUGGGAAUACCAACAAGAAUCAAAUUAGAUAUUCAAGAAGAAGUCUAAUAUUAAUAUUUUAAUAUCUAAAAAAAUGAUGAUUUAUACUUUAAAUUUAUUAAAGUUUAAGGCACUUCAUUGAUUUAAAUAUCUAGAUGUUUAGAUAAUAUAUAAAAAGAUUGUGAAGAAGAAACAAUUAUUAAUGAAUAAUUACUUGCAGGAUAAACAUACAAUUAACACAUAAUUCAUAAAAAUGAUAGUAAAAAAUAUUGUGAAUUAUGCACAUAUAUAAUUAAAAUAAAAACUAUUGGAAUUAAUGUAGAUUUAUUAAUUUUUGUAACUUCUUAAUUAAAUUUUGUUUAAUUACCUUAAAAUAUUGCAUUCACAGAUUACCUUGAAAAUCAAAAUGAUUACAAUAUCUAUCAUUUUUCUUAUAACACAGAUCAUUAAAUUGAAAUUUAAAUUAAUCAGUAUAAUGGUGAUACAUAAAUGUGGAUUGGAUAUAAUGCUGUACUUGAGACUUCUCUUUACUAAUAUGGGCCAUAUAACAAUAUAAAAUAAUAAAAAUUAAUGAAUACUACUUCAUCAAUAUCUUAUUAUUAAGCUAUUAUCCCUCCAAGAGAACAUUUAGAAUAAACUAAUUAUACUCCUUAUGCAAAUGGAUCUCACACUUUAGCAGGUCAUUAUAAUGACGAUGAUCUCUAUAUAAUUGUAAAGAAUAAUUAAUAAAAGCCAUCAAAUUAUUCUAUACUUGUAACCUAAUCAACAACUGGUAAUGGGUAAUUAUUAUAAGAUGGAAUCAUAACAUUUGCUUAUUUAAGUAGAUAAACCCCUGUUAUUACAUUAUAUCAUUAAUAUCGUUAUUUAAAAUAACCAUAAUUAGUAAUUAAAAUGGCUCAUUAUAGUAAAUAGUAGUAAGUUUCAGAUUUCUUCAGAAUAGAAGUAUCUAAUGAAACUGAACCAGUCAAUUACACACUACUUACACCUUUUUCAAGUAGAAAUGAUUAACAGACUUACAUUUUACCAAUUUUGGAAGGACUUUUAACUAUAAAGAUUCACAGUCUUCUAGAAAUCAAAGGAAAUGAGAAUAUUAAUAUUGAAUAUUAAUUUAAUCGUGAAGGUGACAUUGUUCCUAUAAGAAAGUAAAAGAUAAAGGAUAAUUAUCAUUAUGGAAACAAUUAUUUAAAUAGAAUAGAUUUAUAAAUUAGUAUUGUAGGCAAAGAAAUCUUGAUGAUAGAUGAAAAAUCAAGUCUAAGUGAUUAGAUCUAUGAUUCUUAAGCUAAGUAUUAUGAAUCUUAUAUACCUUAUGAAGGCAAAUUAGCAGUUUAAGUAUAUAAUUGUUUAGGUGAAUUGAAGGUAUCUAUAACUCAAAAUUAUGAUGAAUUUAUUGAAGGGAUAUAUAAUGGUAGUAAGAUAACUGUAGAAGGCUAAUUAACAGAUAUUAUAGUGCCAGUUAAACCAGGACCUAUUUAUUUUUAAUUCUAAUCUAUUGAAAGUGUUUAUAAAUUCACAACAUAGGUGUACAAGGCAUAAGAUUUUGCACCAUUUGGAUAAUUAGUUAUGGGAGGUGAUGGAUAAAUAAAUUAUUCAUUUGAUACUUAUGAUUCAGAUUAUAUUAGUGUUAAAUUCAAACCAUUAAAAUGUGUUGGUUGUGAUCUUCAUCAAGAAAUGAAUAGUUUAAUAAAGUAUUCUAUUAGUUGGGGUAGUACUAUUUAAUAUGCUCAUGUGAUAGGUCUUUGUUAAUAUAAUUAAUAUGCAAACUAUCAUAAAAAUCAUACAGAUAAUUUUGAAUAAGUAGAUAUUGGUCUUUAUGCACUAAAUCAUACUGAUUAAAUAGAAUUUAAUAUUAUUGUUGGUAAUUAAUCUAUACAUUCUAAAUUAUUUAUUGCUAUACGUGCUUAAGUUUUAGUAUUUAAUAAUCUUACAAUAUAAGAUUAUGAAUUAUAUUAUCAUGUUGCUUAGAUAGCAAUGCCUAAUCUUUCUCUAUAUUGGUAUAAACAUAGGUUCAAUGAAUUUGUUAUAGGAGUUGCAAUUAUUGUAACAAUUAUUUUAUCAUUGUAAUAAUUUAAUAAAAUAUUAGAUCAUGUGUUUUAUGUAAAAUAUAUAGAAAAAUAAGAUAAUUAAAGAAGGAGAAUCUUAAUUUAUAAUUAGAAAAGAAAAUGGAAGAAGCAAAGGAGAAAGGAUAGAAUUAAACUAAAUAUGAAACUUUAUAAGAUGAAAGUAAUGAUUAAUCAAAUGUAUGAA